AUGGCUACUCCCAUGCGAAACCCAAAAGACUCCAUGACGUCCACCUGGCGGACGUGGGAAAAGUCGCAGUGGAAGUUCGGCCACUGGCUGUUGGAAGUCUUGGAUGUGCAUCAUCUGAACCUGGGUCAGGAUGUCCCCGUCCAUGACAAGUCCGAGAAAGUGCCAUACGCGCCCGAAAUGCAAUUCCACCGUUGGGUCCUGAUCCAUGCUUUCGUCCCACUCGUUCUGCAUCAAAUCUACAUCAACUACUUCGGUCUACCCCCAUCGUGGGCUGUUUUCGUCUUCUACAGCCUUUGCCUCGAAUUCAAUGCUGUACACGAAGUACGGGUCCUCCGCCGUGUCGGACACAAAAUUGGAUUCUUCGACGGUGACAAGCAUCCUCGCGAUGGCGUGCCUGAUGUAGGCGUGGGCAAGACGGUGCAAACCGUGCUAUCCGUCAUUAUAUUCCGACCAAUGGUGACAGUUUUCCUCGCAUAUCGUGCUGAUGAGACUCCUGCUUCGAUCCGUUGGGGAUGGCUCAUCUUUGAGACCGGAAUGUACGCCCUCGUUCUCGACUUCUGGUAUUAUCUCUUCCAUCGCUCUGCUCACGAAUCGGAACACCUAUGGAAAUUCCACCGCACCCAUCACUUGACUAAGCACCCCAACCCUCUCCUGACGGCUUAUGCAGACAAGGUGCAAGAGUUCAUCGAUGUCAUCGGAACCCCCGUUAUCACCUACGGCACGAUGAAACUGAUGGGGUUCCCUAUGGGGUUCUAUGAAUGGUGGGUUUGCCAACAAUAUGUGGUAUUCACAGAGGUUCUGGGCCACAGUGGUUUACGUAUGAUCGCCACCGCGGUGAACCCAUGGACUUCGCUACUGAGAGUGCUUGAUAUGGAACUCCUGCUAGAAGACCAUGAUCUUCAUCACCGCAAAGGCUGGAAGAACAGCCAUAACUAUGGCAAGCAAACCCGGGUUUGGGAUCGUCUGUUUAGGACAUCAAUUCCUCGGAUCGAGGGCCACGCAGAUAACAUCGACUACGUCAACACGGUUGAAAUCCCUCUGUGGUAA